CGGGCGGAGGAGGCCGGGCGGCGGCGGCGAGGAGAGGAGAGAGGAGAGAGGAGAGGAGCCGGCCGGACAUGGAGGCCCAGCCGAGGCCUCGGGUCGAGGGGCUCCCGCUGCUGCUGCUGCUGCUGCUGCUCCCGCUGCUCCCGCUGCUCCCCCCGGCCGGGGGGGCGGCGCCCCAGGGCGACCUCGGGCCGCGCAACCACACCCUGCUGCACACGCUGUUCUGCCAAGACGGGGAGCCCUCGCUGGGCCUGUCGGAGGCGUUCGACGGGGACCCCCUCUUCACCUUCGACUUCUCCGGCGGCUCCCGCCGGGCCCGGCUGCCCGAGUUCGAACCCUGGGCGGGCUACCGCGACGACCGGGACGACAUCGACUUCGACGCCGAGCUCUGCAGGGACCUCCUCUACGUCAUGACCCCUCAACUGGACGGCCGGGUCCCCGAGAACAGAGGGAUCCCGGCGGCCAAGGUCUUCCCGCUGGAGCCGCUGAGGCCGGGCCGGCCCAACGCCCUGGUCUGCUCCGUGGACAACCUGUUCCCGCCGGAGGCCGCCGUGGGCUGGCAGCGCCGAGGGGCGGAGGCGGAGACGGGCCGGGAGGGCCAGGCGGGCCCCGUGCUGGUGCCCCAAGAGGGCCUGGCCUUCCGGGCCUUCGCCUACCUCGACUUCACGCCCGCCGUCGACGACCUCUACGCCUGCGUCGUCGGCCGCCGGGGAGACCUCUCCUCCACCGUCUCCUACUGGGUACCCCGGGACGUACUGCCCUCGGACCUGCUGGAGAACGUGCUCUGCGGCCUGGCCUUCGGCCUGGGAGUCGCGGGCGCCUCCGUGGGCGUCGGCCUGCUCGUCCGCUACCGGCGGCGGGACGCGGGCGAUUGAACGCCGGGAGGCCGGAGUGAGGAGUGAGAGUCGGGGCCGGGCGGGCCCCCCCCGCCCACGGAGACGCCGCGGGGGCCGUGAAGAUCUCCACGCGCCCCGGGCCUCGGGACCCUCCCCCUCCUCCCCACUCUGGCAAUAAACUCCAUUCCCUAA